GGUGGGACUACAAGCCACCUAAAUCACGACUGUCACGGUCUUACGAUUUUGAGCGAGCACAAGCAUUAGACGUUGUAUGGCGUAGCACACAGUGUCGCUCCAAACGCAAAAUCCAGCUCAUUGGCACAAGCUGGGCGUGCCACGGCAGAGGCCGGACAAGGGAUUCAUCUCGGUGCCUGGGCUGCAGAAGAUGAGAUGAAUGAUGGCAAGCAUCUCGGACAAGAUUAGGCAAGAUUCGAUUAAACACCACAAAACAUGUCAACACUCGAACCUCGAACCGAUGCCAACGACCUCAAUGUCGUCGUUGCAGUGCUUGGUGGCUUCAUGGCGCUGUAUGGACUCAUCGCGGUCAAGAUCAAGACGGCUUGGUAUCUCGGGGAGGCGCUACCAGCUAUGCUGGUAGGCAUCCUGCUCGGCCCGUACCUUGCUGACCUUCUCAACGCCACGAGAUGGGCUGUCCCGCCAGCUCCGAACCAGCUGGACGAAAUCGCUUUGGGGGUGAUGAGAAUCAUGAUUGCGAUUCAACUGAUGACAGUCUGCCUCGUCCCCAUCAUGAUCAUCAUGUGGUUCUGCACGUCGGGCUGUAUCCUCGCCACCAUGCCUGACCUCCCUUUCCUCUCGGCCCUCGUGAUUGGCGCGUGCGUCACCUCGACCGACCCGAUCCUCUCGCAGGCAAUCGCCAAGGGCGCGUUCGCGGAGCGCUACGUUCCGGCCCGACUGCGUGAGCAGAUCUCUGCCGAGGCCGGCGCCAACGACGGCUUCGCCUCGCCGUUUCUCAUGCUGGCGAUCAAUCUCAUGACGAGCAGGCCCGCCGGCGAGCAGGGCGUGGGCAUCGCCAUGGGCAACUGGUUCAUCGGCACCCUCGUGUACUUUGUGCUCCUGGCGGUUGCAGUUGGGGCGGUGGCUGGCACGCUUGCGCGGUUCGCGGUCGAGUUUGCGCUGUCGAGGAAGUGGAUCAAUACGGAAGGAUAUUUGCUGUUUCCAACAGCUCUUGGGCUCUUUAUUGUCGGCUGCUGCGGCGCCAUGGGAACAAGUGACCUCCUCGCGCGCUUCACCGCAGGCUGCGCGCUCAACUGGGACGGGCGGUUCCUGGCCGAGUCCGUCCGGCGGCACGACGAGGUCAACUCGAGCGUCGACGCGAUCCUCAACCUCGGCGGGUUCAUGUACAUUGGCACCGUGCUGCCCUGGCACGAUGGGAUAACGUACCCGCGCCUCCUCGCGCUGUCGUUCAUGGUCCUGCUGCUCCGGCGCAUCCCCGCCCUGCUGCUCAUGUACCGCGCCAUGCCGCGCGUCGUGCGCAGCUGGCGCGAGGCCGUCUUCAUGGGCUACUUUGGGCCGAUCGGCGUCGGCGCUGUGUACUACCUCCAGAGCACGCGGCACGUGUACUUUGACCCGGACCUGAGCGACCCGGCGAGUCGGAAGUUGUUGGAGGCGCUGAGUCCUAUCGUCUACUUCCUCGUCUUCUUCUCCAUUGUCGUGCACGGCCUGUCGAUUCCGCUGCUCAACUUGAUGUACUGGUACUUUGACGUCCAACCGGUCGAGGGCGGGAUGCCACGGCUCGCCGCCGGGGAAGCAACCUAGCGCCGUAUGGUUCAGGAGUGCCAAUGUUCAUAGCCACAGGGAGAUCUCCCACGGAACAGCAAAGCGGAAGACCUUAUGUUGGUCGAGCACCUGAUUUGGAAGACAAAGGACGGGCAAUCCCAGUGGGGUGAGGGAAGUGCCAGUAAAAUACCAGACAGCACACUAGACUGCGCCGCCUAGGCGUGCCUUGAGAGAUGCGGUGUUCUAUUCCCCAAAGGGACACGCACAAUCGCAUUUUAGCAUCAUAUCGGAG